CGAUAGAGUCACAUUGAAUGUGACAACGUUGAGCUUAUUGUAACUGUUAGUCCUAAUACUAUUGGCAGUUUUCGGUAGUCCUUCGAGAUGACUUCCAAAACGAGGGUCGGCAUGGGUUACUUAAAAGUUAUACUGCUUGUAAAUAUCUGGUUGACAUUCGCCAUCGAAACAACAAAUUCUAUGAAUCCAGAUAUCAUCGAAACAAUACCUGAUCAGCAACAAGAUAAAAAUGUAACCUAUUUGUCAACUACUGCAUACCCGAAACAUUAUAACGUCGUGCUAGGAGUGAAUACCAAAGCCUAUCCUAUCAUAUCCCUGAAGGGUCGACUUUAUAUCAAUAUCACUGUUGUUCCUGAUGCAACGAUUAAAACUUUCUAUCUACAUGGAAAGAAUAUAAUAAUAGAUGAUUAUUAUACAACGCUGAGCAAUAGUAAGGUAAUCCAUUUUGUGGACAGAUCUUACACGAUUGACGAAUUUUUGGUAAUAAAAUUCACGACACGUGUGUUCCCUGGCGAUUACGUUCUGAAGAUUCUAUUUGAAUCAACUGCAGCAAAUUACAGCUUCUUUCGAAAUGAGUUGCCAACUGAACAUGUAAUGUUUGGACUAAAAAACGAUUUGCUUAUGAAGCAAUUCAAAAAAACUGCGACCCGAUACUUGUUUCCGUGCUGGGACGAUCCAGCAUACAAAACUACCUUUAACAUUCAUGUGAAGCACGAGGCGGCAUACACACUUUUAUCAAAUAUGCCGAUAUCAGAAAUCUAUGAUGCUAAUGAUGCUGAGACUUACAUGAAAUGGACAAAAUUCGAGAUCACUCCCAUGAUAUCCACUUAUCAAUUGAUGCUUUUAUUUAAGCCGUUCGAUAUACUUGUUGACCCAAGAGAAACCGUCUACACCUGGCUCAAGUCUGAGAGACAAUCAAUUUUAUCACUUUUUCACAGUACUGUCGACAAUGUAACAAAGAACUUGGUAGAAUACACAAAUAUUUCUUUGGGAGAACAAGAGAUUCAUCACGUCAUAGUACCGAAUGCACCACAUUCUGAGGCAAAUUUGGGACUCAUUAUUUACAGAGAAUCAGAUGUUAAGUACGAUGAGAACAAAGAUCUUAUUAGUGUCAAAAUGGACGCGGUGAACGUAAUAGAAUCUCAAAUAGCACAUCUAUGGUUUGGUAGCUUGGUCACGCCGAAAUCGUGGAAUCACUUGUGGCUAACCGAAAGUUUCGCUCUGUACUUCUCGCAUUAUUCCAUAUACAAGGCAGAACUGUGUGAGAACAAGCCUGAUUGUAAUAGUGCAUACUUGAAGAAGGCUGCACAAUUGAAGUUAGUGGAAAAUUACUAUGAUAUAAUGCGCAGAGAUGAUGGUUCAAUGCCUCCUGUUGUCUCUGAAAUCAACAAUCCCUCUGAUAUCGUAUCAGAGGCCUUAUUAAGACCUACGUCAGAUGCUUACCAUAAAGGAGCCUUUAUAUUGCGUAUGUUAUCUAGUAUGUACGCACAACAAUUUCAAGACGUUAUCAUCACAUAUUUAAAGAAAUAUAAAUAUAGAUCAGUUACUACCGACGAUUUAAACUCCGUCCUGCGCGAAUGGGAAUACGUAGUAAGUGCACAUAGUCACUACACUUUGCGGCAAAAACAUGUGGACAUAGGAGAACUGGUAGAUUCUUGGACAAAGCAAAAAGGUUUUCCUGUACUAUGGGCUGAACGAAAUUACGAAACUAACUUCGUGACGAUAUCACAACAUGCUUACUAUAAGAAUCAGGAUGUUGGGUCCAACUGGACCAUACCUGUCACCUAUAUGACAAGUGCAUCGCGGCCAUAUGUUAGCAACCAAUAUUGGAUAUUUUGGUGGUUAACACCGACGACAAGAAUAGAGUUUCAGAUGCCAGCAGACACCAGUUGGUAUUUAGUUAAUGUACAACAAGUUGGAUAUUAUCGUGUCCAUUAUGAUCUCAAAAAUUGGCGAAACCUUGGCCAUUACUUACAGAAGAGUGACAGUAUUGCAAAAAUACAUGUACUAAAUCGUGCACAACUUAUUGAUGAUAUCUGUGAUAAUUUCCAAAAAAAAUAAUUAUAGGUAUGUGAAUUGGGACCUAUUCUCGUUAAUUACGCUUUAUUUAAAGCGAGAAAGUGAUUAUAUACCAUGGGUCUCCAUGUUAAAAUGUUUAGAUAUGCUGUCGAUAUACUUUCAACUUCCAGAAAGUAAAAACCUUACAGCUGCACUUCGCAAAUUAUUUUCAUUUCGUUCUUAACGAGAUAGGAUACGAAGAAAAAUCUAACGAUGACGAUAUUGCGAAAAAAGCAAGGCAAAAUCUAGCACGGUACGCAUGUACUCUCGGUAGUCCAACAUGUAUAAGCGCAGCCGCCGAAAAAUUAAGGAAGCAUCUCGCAGAUCCCACAAUAUACAAAAUUUUGCCGUGGUGGGAAAAUUGGACGUUCUGUUUUGGUUU